AUGAUUGGGCUACUUGAUACGCCCGUAGAAAUUAUCCAAGAAAUAGUGGUUUGCUUACCCGCAGACUCUCUUCUUGAUCUAUUCGCGAUUUGUCAUUUGCUCAAUUACCUUUCCACGUCGGCACAGACGGCACUACUCGAACAUCACGGAAUUCGAGAUCCUACCCGCUGCACUUUUGAUCUUGACAAUUAUACCACAGGGGCCCCAUUAAGGGCUGACGCUCUAUGCACCUUAACAGCGGGCCUUCAUAUCAAACACAUGAAAUUUCUUCAGUGCAACCUCACGAUUUGCGGGUAUAAUGGCCAGUGGAUGUGGCUUCCUUCCGAACAUUUACUUCGACUCCAACGUCUCAUACAAAGGUUGACCUGGAUCGAUGAGGUCAUCCUGACUUUCAACAUGGAGACAGAAACCGACCUUGACGACGCGGAUCUAAAGUCUGGGAUCGAUAUCCUACAAAACCUGCUCAACACGAUCAUCACGAAAUCAUGCAAAACUCUUCGCAUCAUAAAUUCAGGGAGCUUUUUUUAA